AUGUUCGCCAAACUCAAAGCCGCCUACACCCCCACCCCCGUCCGCCCCUCCCCCCCCCACAAACACAACACCCCCAUCCAAACCAAAUACGCCUCCACCGCCGUCCCCAUCCCCCCCUCCUUCCUCACCACCCAACCCGCCGACGCCCGCCCCAUCACGGCAACCCCCAUCCCCUGGCCGACCACCGCCCUCCCCGAGUACGCCGGCCUCUACGCCACCGUGCUCGACCACGUGCUCUCGCCCUCCGAGUGCGCCACCCUCCUCGCGCUCGCCGAGGCCAGCGUGCCGCCCCCCGGUGAAGAGGGCGGCGAGCUGCGGAAUGGGGUGGAUGACCCCUGGGGCCCGGCGCUGGUGAAUAUCGGGGGUGGGUUUGAGAUGCUGCAGCAGGGGUAUCGGAAUGGGGAUAGGAUCGUGUGGGAUGAGCAGGAGGUGGUGGAUCGGGUUUGGAGGAGGUGUUUGGAGGCGGAGGGGGUGGGGGAGCGGUUUGGGGGGAUUGGGGUUGGGGAAACGGAUUUGGUGGGGCCGGUUGGGUGGAGGGAUAGGGAGGAGUGGGAGGGGGCGAGGUGGGUGUUUUUGAGGGUGAAUGAAAGGAUGCGGUUUUUGAGGUAUGGGAAGGGCGGGUUUUUUAAGCCACACUGCGACGCGGCGUAUGCUGAUACCAGCGAUCCGGAGAGGACCAUCCGGACCAUGUUCACCAUCCACCUGUAUCUGAAUGAUUCCAAGGCCGAGGUGGAGGGGGCGGAUCUGGUCGGGGGUGCUACGACCUUCUUCUCCAAUGAUGAGAAGAGGAGGAUCGACGUCAACCCGAAGGCUGGACGGGUGCUCAUCUUUCAGCACAGGAGGUUGCUGCACUCGGGGGACGAUGUGUUGGCCGGUAUCAAGUACACCAUGCGGACGGACAUUAUGUACGAGUUGAAGCACGGGAAAGCGGCUGAAGCGACGAAAGGGGAGGAAGCAGAGGAAUCACGUUGA